AUGACAAACUAUCCUCUACAUCCCGAGCUUUCGUCUUCGAUCGAUCGGCACCCUUCCUCGUCGCCGUCGCUCUUUUCUCUUAUUAUCCAUCUUCUCCUUUCUCACACCCUUUACUUCUACAAUCACUAUCGAAAUCACGUUUCUCUGAUCUUCAUAUUACUGUUAGUUUUCAACCUUGGCUUUUAUUUUUUUCCCGGCUGCGGCGGAUUCCGGUGAAAUCUCUGGCGGUUAAAGAGCAGAUGCCCGUGCUUUUCAGCGGCGGAUUUUGGAAGUAGAGUGGAUAAGGGGCUUAUUCUCGGUCCUAUUUGUUGAUUCGAUCUGCUGAUUUGGAAAUUAGGGUUUUGAAGGGUUAUCAAUAUGCCGAGGAGUUCUCGUCACAAGUCGCACCGUUCUCAUAAGCAUAGUUCAAGAGAUGCGCGAGAGCGGUCUGAAUCUGAGGAUGAUGGGAACUCGAGGGAUCGUAGGCAGAGAGUGGAGGAAUUAUGCUCUGGUUCAGCGGCUAGGGUUUCGAAAGAUUCUGAGGCGGAUAAGAGAAAGUCCUCAUCUUCGCUACUUGCUUCACAGGAGAGGAAUAAGGGCCUUUCUGAAAAUGGAGAUUGUUCAGCUGAACAUGGCAGGAAGCGGAAAGAGAGAGGGGACGACUUUGCUACGCCUGAUAGAUGGAAUGGUAGCGGAAAGGAUGAUGGGCUAGCCGAAAAGGUUUCUAAAGAAGAGGCUUUUGGAUCCUUUGAUAAUGAGAAAGUGGAGAAGUCAAAAAUUUUGACUGUUGAAUCAAAGAGUAGGUCGAGUAGAAGGCGUGAGAGUUCUGCAGAGAGGUAUGUGGUAAGCAGCAGCAGGUCUGAGUCUUUGAAGAGGAGGUCCGAGAAGGAAUAUAGCAGACGGGAGAUUAGGGAGGAUAAAGAGAGAGACAUAGAGCGUGGUUCAGAGGGUGAAAAGGACCGAGAACGUGCGUCAGAGAGAGACAAGAGAGUUCAGGAUGCCAGGCUUGGGAAAUCUGAUGAUGUAGAGAUGAGGAACCAAGGCUCCAGGAGAGGAGGUGCUGAGGAGGAGCGGUUGACAAAACAGGAUAAUACUGAAUUUCAAACUCGUGAGGAUAUGCACAAUGCAGAAUUAGAGAAAGAUUCUGAGAAAUAUACGACUAAGAGGAGAAGGAGCUCUGGUGGCUUUGAUAAAUGGCAUGAUGAUGGUAAAAACAUUGAUGAAAGGCGGUUAUCUUCAAGGGAUGAUCACCUCAAGAAUGGAGGCCAUAAGGUUGAAGGGAACAAAGAUGAAAGGUAUAAAGAUGAUAGGUAUAAAGAUGAUAGGUACCGAGACAAACAUUUCAAGGAUCUUGAUAGGGAUCAUAGACAUCGUGAUAUUAGGCACAGGGAAGAACGCUCUUCAAGAGAUUAUGCCAGUGACAGGAUUGAGGGUAAAUCUGUCAGGGACAGAGACAAACCUGUUGAGAGUUAUUCCAAGAAAAGUAAGCUUCAUGGUAGCGACCGAGAAUUUAGUCCACGUGCGGAGGAUCAUUUAAUCAAGACAAAAGAUACUGGGGCUCAGAAAAGUUUUUAUGAUGAAAAUGAUGAUCAUUAUGGCUCAAAACAUAGAAAUGUCAAGGAAACACGUUUGGAUUUGGAAAAGGAUGCAUCCAAUUCAAGUAAGAUAGAAUAUAAACAUCAGGGCAAGGUUGAUUCUUCCCUGUUGAAUAACCUUUCAAAGGGUUCUCUCAGCCCAAAGGCUCAUAGUUCGAAUGAUCACAACAGGCGAGGUUUAAAAGUGGAGCUUAUAAAUAGAGAUCCAGUAGCAGAUGACAGAGUUCGCCGUUCUGAAGACUAUGAGAGAGUUUCAGUUGUUCAUGAGAGAGUUUCUGAGUCUCUUUCAUCAGAAAAGAUGAAGCAUAGAGAUCGAAUAAAAUCAGAUGACAAGGAACGGAGGUUAUCACUGGAGAAUCUAAAUACGGACAACCAUCUUCAAGCUGAUUUUCACAAUAGCGAACGUGUUUCUGUUCCCCCAUCACCCUUCAAGCGUACUGUUAAUUUCCCUGGGGGCUCUCCUGGUCAUCUUCGCUCACAGACGCCUAUGAGACAAGGAAGAGAAAGCCCUUCCAUCUAUGAGGAUGAUAAUAGAAUCAAAUCAGGGGACCGAAGAUCCACUAGCCGUCACAAAAGAAAUAAUGAUCCAAAUAUUGAAAGAGGACAAGGAGUGACUUGGAAAAACAGUUCAGCUUGGCCUGCUCCAGUUCCAAAUGGUUUCAUACCUUUCCAGCAUGGACAACCAGCUCCUGGGUUUCAUUCAGGUAUCCAGCAUUUUCCUCCAUCCUUGUUUGGUGCAAGACCAUAUAUGGAGAUGAACCAAACAGGGAUUCCCUAUCACAUGCAUGAGGUUGCAGACCGGUUUACUGCUCAUGGCCAUCCGUUUGGAUGGCAUCAUCCAGCAGAUGAUUCCUGUCCGCCUCAAAUGCAAGGGUGGGAUGGUAGUAACUCGUUUUAUGGUGACAAAUCACAAGUAUAUGUGAGGCCCGAUUGGGAUCAGAAUAGACAUCUAGUGGGUGGACGUGGUUGGGCAUUAAAUGCUGAAAUGUGGAGGGGACAGCCUGGAAACAUGAGUGUUGAGUUAUCUGUUAAUCAGGAAGGAGCUGACGAAUCGAGAGGUGCACAUUGUAGCCUGCAACCUAAGACUGAAGUUGACCGUCUGCAACAUUUAUCGGGCGACGCCUCUCAGUUGAAGCAAUAUACUGCUCCUCCUAAUGAUAAAUCUGUAGAGGCCUCUAUAGAAACUAAACUUGCAAAAACUUCUUUACCUUAUCAAGGACUUAAUAAUAACAGCCAGAGCUUAAGCGUUUAUCUAUCCAGACUUGAAAUUUCAGCUGAUCUUGUAUACCCAGAACUUUAUAAAGACAUUAGGAAUAUAUUGACAGCUGGUAAUUCAACUGUUAUUUGCACUUCUUCCAUGGAUGAAAAUACUAAGAAGAAUAAAGUUGAAAUUUUAUCCAAGGUUUCAAAACUAAGUUCUCACAUCCCAACUGCUGCGGAUGCUGCUUUCAAGAGAGCCAUGUCGGUUUAUGAGAAGCAGCAUAAUGGAAGGAAAGCAAAGGUUUCUUCUUUAGUUUUUUGUUCAAAAGAAAUGAAUGCUUCUCCUGAAGCUACUAAUGUGAAUGAAAAUAAUGCACCUGAUUCUUCUGUUCCCAAAGAGCCUUCAUUUGCCAAUACUAUUUCCCUCAACUUGAUGGAAAAACCGGGCGCAAAUGAGAGCACUGCGAGGCCCAUGGAAGAAGAAAAUCUCAAAAACAGUCCUUGUGAUCCCAAAACUUCAGCUACAGAAAUGGAAGUUGAUCAUAUCAAAACCAGUUCUGAUGGUUACAUUAAACAUGAAUCUGAUCUUAUUUCCGAUGUUGUGGACAGUCCUCAGGCAUGUGAGGAUAUAAUGCCAGAUUGUAAGGUAAAUUUAAGUAGGAUACAUAACCCUCCUGAAAGUACACAUUAAAACUAAUCUUUCCCAUGUUUUUUUUUUAAUUGCCAUUUGAGUUUGAGGGUUAUUGGUCUUAGUUCUGGUUGCUUAUGUUUCUGCCUGAAUAAAACUUUUUCCUAAUCUCUUAUCUUGGGCAUCAUAUCGUUGGAAUUACAUGGUUUGCAUGUAGUAGACAGAUGACUGUCUAGAAUUUUUUUCCUUUUGGAUAUUUCUUUUCACGC